GAGGUGGAGGAGGAGGUGGGUGGAGUAGGAGGUGGAGUAGGUGGUGGAGGUGGCGAUGGAGGCGAUGUCCGAGUCGUGUGGAGGCGAGCAAAGCCGCACACUCACUGAGCAGCAGCAGCAGCAGCCAGGCGACCAUGGCCUCACCCUGAGGCUGACGAGGCCACGGGGCGACCGGCGCGUCGUGUGGACCAGCGACACGAUUGACAACGAACACUUGGGUCGUCGCUCCUCCAAGUGCUGCUGCGUCUACCAGAAGCCGCGCGACUUUGGCGAGAGCUCCUCGGACAGCGAAUCGGAGGAGGGCGGAUCCAACUGUGGCAACGCCCACUGCCCCCACGGGCACGCCCACAGCCACCCUGACUCCUCCCACAUCCACCCUGACUCCUCCCACAUCCACCCUGACUCCUCCCACAUCCACCCUGACUCCUCCCACAUCCACCCUGACUCCUCCCACAGCCACCCUGACUCCGCCCACAUCCACACCGACUCCUCCCACAUCCACCCUGACUCCGCCCACAUCCACCCUGACUCCGCCCACAUCCACCCUGACUCCUCCCACAUCCACCCUGACUCCGCCCACAUCCACCCUGACUCCUCCCACAUCCACCCAGACUCCGCCCACAUCCACCCUGACUCCGCCCACAUCCACCCUGACUCCGCCCCCUCGCAAGCGGGACAUCCCCACUCCCUGUCCGCUGAUGACACCGGUCGUGACGGGGGUCGACCGGUGCCGGUGGUGCCGGCGGUGGUUGCCAGGGGCGACGACGGUGCGACCGGCGGGGCAGGGCACGCGAACGGGCAGCAGUAGAGCAGUGGAGCGAGCACGGGGAACGUACACACACACACACGUGUGUAGUACACGGCAUACAGGACACGGGGUGUAGUACACGUCAUACAGGACGCAGGAUGUAGUACACGUCAUACAGGACACAGGAUGUAGUACACGUCAUACAGGGCACGUGUGUGUAGUAGUACACGUCAUACAGGACACGGGUUGUGUACAUGUCAUACAGGACACAGGAUGUAGUACAUGUCAUACAGGACACGUGUGUGUAGUACAUGUCAUACAGGUCACAGGAUGUAGUACACGUCAUACAGGACACAGGUUUUAGUACACGUCACCGUACAGGACACAUUAUAUAACAUACAGCAUAAUGUAGGAGGUAGGUUAUAAUCAACAACAUGAUACAGGACAUACGGUGUCGCACACAGCGUAACACAGGACACGGGGUAUUGUAUGCAGGACAUGUUACACGUGUGGGCAGUCGAGCGAGCGGUUCGUGGUGUACAGGACACCUGGGCGUGUGCGGUAGAUCUCCGUGUACCGUACGCGGAGUGCACCUUACAUGUGACAAGGCCGUGGGCAUUAAGUCGAUUUGUCCUACGGGACACGGGAACACUGCAGAGACCCAUAGACUCACACAGAGACACAUAGACUCACACAGAGACCCAUAGACUCAUGCAGAGACCCAUAGACUCACUCAGAGACCCAUAGACUCACACAGAGACACAUAGAUUUACACAGAAACCCAUAGACUCAGAGACCAUAGACUCACUCAGAGACCCAUAGACUCACACAGAGACACAUAGAUUUACACAGAAACCCAUAGACUCAGAGACCAUAGACUCACUCAGAGACCCAUAGACUCGCACAGAGACACAUAGAUUUACACAGAAACCCAUAGACUCAGAGACCAUAGACUCACUCAGAGACCCAUAGACUCACUCAGAGACACAUAGAUUCACUCAGAGACCCGUAGACUCACUCAGAGACACAUAGAUUUACACAGAAACCCAUAGACUCAGAGACCAUAGACUCACUCAGAGACCCAUAGACUCACUCAGAGACCCAUAGACUCACACAGAGACCCAUAGACUCACGCAGAGACCCAUAGACUCACUCAGAGACCCAUAGACGCACGCAGAGACCCAUAGACUCACACAGAGACACAUAGACUCACACAGAGACCCAUAGACUCACACAGAGACCCAUAGACUCACGCAGAGUCCCAUAUACUCACACAGAGACCCAUAGACUCACACAGAGACCCAUAGACUCACGCAGAGACCCAUAGACUUACUCAGAGACCAUAGACUCACUCAGAGACCCAUAGACUCACUCAGAGACACAUAGACUCACACAGAGACCCAUAGACUCACACAGAGACCCAUAGACUCACGCAGAGACCCAUAGACUCACACAGAGACACAUAGAUUUACACAGAAACCCAUAGACUCAGAGACCAUAGACUCACUCAGAGACCCAUAGACUCACUCAGAGACACAUAGACUCACACAGAGACCCAUAGAUUCACUCAGAGACACAUAGACUCACGCAGAGACCCAUAGACUCACACAGAGACCCAUAGACUCACACAGAGACCCAUAGACUCACACAGAGACCCAUAGACUCACACAGAGACCCAUAGACUCAGAGACCAUAGACUCACUCAGAGACCCAUAGACUCACUCAGAGACACAUAGACUCACGCAGAGACCCAUAGACUCACUCAGAGACACAUAGACUCACACAGAGACCCAUAGACUCACGCAGAGACCCAUAGAC